GUCACUGAAUGUCGUCAAUAAACAUUGUGUUGAAUAACUGAGCAAGGAAUAUGGCGACCACUUACAUGAAACUUUUCUCCGUGGCCCGCCCUCUGGCCUCACACGCCCUCAAACCCGCCCCUUUGGUGGCCAACGGGCAGCUUCAAUUGGUUCGCCAUCAAUCUGGAGGUGAAUAUGUGCAAACCAACCCAUUCAAGGACGUGCCCACCUAUGGCGAGCUCACCGAGAAGAUGGCCAAUACCUUGUUCGUGACCGAGCUGACCCGCGGGUUCAUGGUCACCUUGGGUGCCAUGUUCAAGGAGCCCGCCACCAUCAACUACCCUUUUGAGAAGGGACCGCUCUCGCCCCGCUUCCGCGGAGAGCACGCCCUGAGGCGUUACGCAUCAGGGGAAGAGCGAUGCAUUGCUUGUAAGCUUUGCGAGGCCGUUUGUCCGGCUCAGGCCAUCACCAUCGAGGCCGAAGAGCGAUCCGAUGGAGCCCGCAGGACCACGCGGUAUGAUAUCGACAUGACCAAAUGUAUAUAUUGCGGGUUUUGCCAAGAGGCCUGCCCUGUGGACGCCAUUGUGGAGGGGCCCAAUUUCGAAUUCUCCACCGAGACCCACGAGGAGUUACUGUAUAACAAGGAGAAGCUCUUGAACAACGGCGACAAAUGGGAGGCUGAGAUUGCGGCCAAUAUUGAGGCCGACUAUUUGUACCGAUAAUAAGUGUUCGGGUUGUAACUUUAUUCAUUCUGCGAUUCAUUUCAAGAAAGUAGCUUUGUUAAUUAA